AUGUCAGGACCUCAUACCCAGGGACAAGUUGAGCUCAACGACGAGGAGCUAGUUUUUAUGUCAAUUCUUUACGACCGAGGCGAGCUAGGAGUCGCAAUUUUUGACGCGCUAUCAGCAAGUCUCAAAAACUUGCAGCCUCAGAUAGCAGAUAUGGAGGAGCUUGAGGAAAUCAUUGAGCGCUUGCAUACACAAUUUCGAGUAAAUCAUGUGCUUGUGUCAUCGCGAAAUGCAAGCACCAAUGGAAUGCUUCGAAUCGUAAAAAAGCUUGAUGACACGCACCAAACGAAAACAGGAAUUAGCAUACGCAAGCACUCAGACUUCAACUACCUCAAAGCUUGCCAAACAAUUGAGCAUGUCCAAAUCGGUGCAGCUUCCGAUGACUUUAAUAAGCCUCAUAUUCGAUCAAUGCGAAGAGAAGCUUCCACUUUUCUCGGCAGCUUCUUUGACUUUGAGAGCACUCAACUUAUCCGAGCAACAGGCGCCUUAUUGAUAUAUUUGCUUACAGAAAAGAUCGGGAAUCAGCUUGAUGAUGUGGAAUCUCUGUACCUUUCAACUGUGGAGCACAUUGCACUUGACGGCUUCAUGUUUAUUGACAAGUCUACAUUUCAAUCUCUACAGAUAUUUAACCAUGAGGCACACCCAUCACUCAUCAAGGGAGCUGGUCGAGCUAAAGAAGGCUUCAGUCUUUUUGGUCUUCUCAAUCGGACCGUGACAAAAUCGGGAGCCUUCAUGUUGCACCGCUGGAUGCUGACUCCACUUGUCACAAGGGGUCGAAUUGAAGAGCGCCAAAGCUCUGUUGCGUUUUUCACGGAUGUUGAGAAUGACGAAAUUCGGCAGCUUUUGCUUGGAAAGUUGAAGCGUUUUCGAGACGUGGCUGGCAUUUUCCAGCGCAUUAAAAGACGCUGUGCUUCAGUUGGUGAUUGGUGUCGAUUUGCCACAUCUAUCGGAAGCUUUCUGGAAGCUCGAUCACUGAUCGGAAGUCUUCGAGGAGAUACUGCUUCGUCAUUACCUUCUGUGUUUUCUAAGGUAUCGGGGGAGCAAGGUGCUAGCCACAUCAACAACCUUCUCGUAAACGUGAUAGAUUUUGAAGAGAGCCAACAAGAGACUACAGUGGUCAUCCGAAGUGGUGUAUCUGAAGCUUUGGAUGCAGCACGAGAGCGCUACGAAGAUCUCGAUAAUGUGCUGACGGAAGUCGCUUUUCAAGUAAAAGAGGCUAAUCCGAUUCUGUCAUCGAUUACUGUCCAAUAUAUUCCUCAAGUUGGGUAUGUCAUCUGCUGUGACUCGCCCACAACAUUACCGGAGUUUGUUUUUCAAUUUCAAGAGGACGAUACAACGUUUUAUUACAAGGAUGCCUGUUGUCGUGAUCUUGAUGAAUCGAUAGGAGACAUUUUUGAGCUGCUUGAAGAAUUAACGAUGGCAAUACUGGAGUAUGAAUGCAGUGUUCAUGAAAUUACAUGGAUGAUGUCAUAUCUUGAUUGCUUGAUUUCACUAUCGUCCUGCGCGAAAAGUUUUAACUUCACUCGACCAAAUAUUUGUGAGGGUCACACAUUGAAGGCAACCCAAGUUCGCCACCCACUCCAAGAGUUACUUGUCGAGCACUUUAUCCCCAACGAUAUUUUUUUGGAUUCAAAUGACUCUCUAAAAAUUGUAACAGGCCACAACGGAUCUGGAAAAUCUGUGUACCUAAAAAUGGUUGGCCUUUUGCAGUACAUGGCACAAAUUGGGUCGUUCGUUCCGGCAGAAAAAGUCACAAAAAUCUUUACAAGGAUCCAAAGCGUGGAGUCUGCUACAGUAUCUCAUAGCUCCUUCACGAUCGACUGCAAUCAGAUGGCAUGGAUGCUGAAUCACGGGGAUGAUCGCUCGCUAUUCUUGAUCGACGAAUUCGGAAAAGGAACGGCUGAACUCGAUGGAAUAGCUUUGUUGAGCUCAACUAUCAAUUACCUUGCAAAAAAGCGGUUUGCAAACGGGAGACCGCGUGUUGUACUUACGACACAUUUUCUGGAGAUAUUUCGAUAUAAUCUUCUCGAGCCAAAGCUUAUAGUCGAUUCACAAGCUAAAGAAGAGCAAUGCGAAGGCUUGCUUGACACAGCUCGUAUAAUUUGUACUGUCAUGGCGUCGACAGAUGCUUUAAAUACGUCUCCUGCAACAUCAAGUGCUGAUCCGCUGUACGAGCUGCGUCACGGUAUAUCGAGUCACAGCAAUGCCCUAGGCUGCGCAUCAAAGUGCGGAAUUCCACAGGAGGUGAUAAAGCGAGCCCAAGAAGUAAUGGAUUACACCAAGCGCAAGGUGCCAAUACCACCUCGACAAAUGUUUGCAGGGCCAUCACCAGAGGAGCAGCUCAUCGCAUUUUUUUCGUCGAUUGAUGACUGGCAAGCUGCAGGAGACGAUGUCAUUUCCAAAUUUUUAACGAUGGCACGCGUAGGCACCCAGUGA